AUGCCGCGCGUGAGCAUUUGGCUGGACCGGCGCGCGGGCGGCGCUGACGCAUCGGCGAGCCACGUGGCCCUCCUAGCACUCAUCGCCUCGGCUGCAGGCAUCUCCUCUGGAGGAGGCAUCCAGCACGAAGGAAUACCCUGCCCGCAGGGCUGCGCGUGGACGAAGGAAUACCCUUGUCCCGGGAGCCCCAAGCAUUGGAGGCAAGCUCACGCCAAGGACGACGGAUCGGCCUGCUUCAAUGUGCGAACCGGGCGCCGCUCCAACGAGAUGUCCUGGGGCCUCGAGUGCAACGGCCGUCACGUGCUCUCGGGUGGGCCCUACGGCACGUGGUACAGCCACGAGGACAGCGUGCACACGUACAGCCUCGACCUCCCUCCUCUCUCGACCUGCACCCUCUCGAUGCAAGACUUGUGGGGCAACGGCUGGGAUGACGCCACGUGGUCGGGCCUUGGGCAGAAGGACAUCACGCUCGGGUGGGGGCACUCCGGUAGCCACUCCUUUGUGGUGCGAACCGGGCGCCGCUCCAACGAGAUGUCCUGGGGCCUCGAGUGCAACGGCCGUCACGUGCUCUCGGGUGGGCCCUACGGCACGUGGUACAGCCACGAGGACAGCGUGCACACGUACAGCCUCGACCUCCCUCCUCUCUCGACCUGCACCCUCUCGAUGCAAGACUUGUGGGGCAACGGCUGGGAUGACGCCACGUGGUCGGGCCUUGGGCAGAAGGACAUCACGCUCGGGUGGGGGCACUCCGGUAGCCACUCCUUUGUGGUGCGAACCGGGCGCCGCUCCAACGAGAUGUCCUGGGGCCUCGAGUGCAACGGCCGUCACGUGCUCUCGGGUGGGCCCUACGGCACGUGGUACAGCCACGAGGACAGCGUGCACACGUACAGCCUCGACCUCCCUCCUCUCUCGACCUGCACCCUCUCGAUGCAAGACUUGUGGGGCAACGGCUGGGAUGACGCCACGUGGUCGGGCCUUGGGCAGAAGGACAUCACGCUCGGUCUCGAGGAGAAGGUCAAGGGCCUUUUGAGCGAUAUGGUUCUGAGCACCGAGGUGAGCGCUCUACUACCGUGGGGUGGCGAGGACGCAACACUGCUCGAGGGCCAGAUGAAGUCAGCCGAAGCGCUAUUCUCCAACUUCACGCAGGCGCCCAUGCUUGUCAACCUCACCUCGGCGCUAGUUCUGUACUUCUCCAAGAUCGACCCAUCGCAGCUCAACAGCUCAUGGACGGAGGAGAUGCAACGCGCGUGGCUUGGCCGGCUCUUCCUUCUCGGCAGCAGGGUGAAACACAGGAGCGAGGGCGCCUAUCUCAAAGAGCUGUUGGAGAAGGCUGAGGAGUACAUCACCGUCGGAGCUGGCGACGCCUUGGCCGGGGACUAUCCCAGCUCAUUUCAACGGAGGAAGGCAGAGCUUUGGGAUGGGUUGGAUGACCUCCAGCAAAGUGCACCCGGGGUCUUUCUCGGGUACACUGUGCCUCAGCUCUGCCGCAAAGCGGGCGACUUUGGUAAGGAUGCGGCCGAAGACGUUGUCUCAAGUACUGGCGUCGGCCUCGGCGCAGUAAUGGCGUACCAUAUUGCUGAUGCUGCUAUGGCCAGUGAGGAGGGUAGCGGCACGGAUCACGGACGACGCCUUCGUGCCGUCACUCGUAGCCAAUCGACUGCAUACAGCACCGCUCAACUCAGCCAAAUGCCGCCCAAAGAGCUGGCGCAGCACGUGUACGACGAGAUCGGCAAGGGCGGUUAUCGCCAUAAGGUCUGCAAAGGCGAGCUUUGCGGCGCACUAAAGGCCACUGAAGUUGACCAUCGUGUGGAGAAGCAGACUCUAAAACGCCAGGUGGAGAAACUUGCGGAGAGAGGGAUCUACCCUACGGAGGAAGAUGUGAAGGACUUGAAGUAUUUCACCAAUUCGCGCCCGAAUCUGAAGGAGGAGCUCGCGGCCGACAACCAGGACUUCGGAAGGUGGAAGAAGAAGAUAUUGGCAGGUGCGGAAGAGACAGUUGAAUGCGGAAGCAACCUUCUAUGCGCGCGCGACAAGGCCCGUGUGUUGUUCAAGGAGCUCGAGGGUGCCGCCGAUAUGCUCGAAUGCAAAGGCAAGGCAACGAGUGAGAUUUGUCUGAAGUCGGGAAAAUACGCCGAGAAGGUCUUUGCUGGUGCCUAUAAAGACGCUUGGGAGAUGCUGUCGGAAGUGUGUGCACGACCGAAGUCGACGUUGGAGCAUUGCCUCAAGUUCAAACAGCUCAAGCCGCUUCGGCAUGCGCUCCAAACGGCGGCGGAGGAGGGGCUGGGGAUGGCGACUAAGAAGGGGGCAGCGACGGUGAUGGGGAAGGGAGCAAAGGAAGGCGCACAAGCUGCUGCGAAGCAAGGCGCAGAAGCGGCGCGCAAGCAAGCGAUGUCGGCGGCCGCGAAGCGAGCAGCCGGAGCGAUCGCGAGAAAGGGAGCAGUGGCCCUCGCCACCGCGACGACAGUGGGCGAGUUGCUUGCCCCCGUCAUCGCUGCUACCUUGACAGCGCAGUGCCUCAUGCCUUCCGACUAUUCCAACGAAGCCAGACUCACCGGGGCCGCUGUUGGCUUGGGUGCUGGGGCGGUAGUCGGGACGGCUGCGUAUAGGGCCUUGGUUGCACGACAGGCUGCCAACUUGGCGGCAAGACAGGCUGCCGUGUCUGCUGCGACAGCCGGUCAAUCGGCAGCUGCCAGGGUGCUAGCUAAGAGUGUCGCGCUCGGCGGAAAGGCAAUAGUUUCGGGCGCAAGGGGAAGGAGCGCCCCUACACUAGCUGCUGGAGCUGCGGCAGGGUCAGCGAUUAUCAUUGUCGGCGUGGUGGCAGCAUCGGCCGUCACUGUGGCUGACCACUUCUGGGUCACCGAUGCUGAAAAGGAGGAGGAGCUCCUGCGAAAGGAUGCGUUUGAGUGCGACUGCGCCUGGACUUCCGAUUGGGUCUGCCCAAAUUCUGUUCUCGUUCGGUCUCCCGGCGAGGACCCGGAUAAGAUUGCGAGGGACGACGGCUCCUGGUGCUUUAGCUACUGCUGUGGCGUGGUCGAGGAGUCAAUGACCGCAGCAAUGAAGGUCAUCAAGAACCGCGAUGAGCUUGCCGUGCAUCUGUGGCAGCAAGCGUUCUUGGGAUGGGCCUCGUUGCCGGGCUAA